AUGACAGCUCCAGCCUCAUUUCCAAAGUCCAUCAAGGCUCUGAUCUUGCGCCAAUCUCCUCAAGAUCGCAAGCCGCUCUAUCAUGAUGUAGUGUUGGAAGAGAAGGCACUCCCGCCUUUGCAGAAAGGCUUACUGCUGGUCAAGAUAGGCGCUGCAGGCUUCAAUCAUCGAGAUGUAUGGAUACGCAAGGGACUGUAUCCAGGUAUCGCCAUAGGCAGCGUCAUGGGAGGGGACGGCGCAGGGACGGUGGUGGCAUCGGGGGACGAUAACGACCCCUUGCUAAACAAACGCGUCUUCCUUGUCCCAUCGCGUGGCUGGGAGCAACAUCCAGAUGCACCCGAGUCUGACUUCAGCAUCAUGGGGGGAAGCGCUAAAAUACCUAUUGGAGCUUUUUCACAAUACGUUGCCAUCGAGAGCGAUCAAGUAAUCCUUACCCCCAACCAUCUGGAUGACAUACAUGCAGCAGCAUUGCCCAUCGGCGCAGUCACCGCUUGGAGAGCAACGAUGGUGAACGCGCGAGUGCAGAAGGGCGAUAACGUCCUCAUAACUGGCAUAGGCGGAGGAGUCGCCUUGAUGGCAAUGCAGCUGUGCAUCGCCAAGGGCGCAAACGUAUAUGUGACGAGUUCCUCGGAAGAGAAGAUUCACCGGGCCAUCUCUUUGGGUGCAAAGGGAGGAGUGAACUACAAAGCCAAGGAUUGGCCCGUUCAGCUGGAACGAAUGCUCCAGAAGCAGAACUCUUCUAAAGUAAUCGGUGGAAGCAGUACUGGAUCGUUCGACGCCGUAAUUGAUGCUGCCGGUGGAGACAUCAUGCCCAAAGUAGGCAAGGUGCUGAAGCCCGGUGGAAGAGUCGUCGCCUACGGGAUGCAUGCUUAUCCUUCUGUUACGUUUACGAUGCGCGAAAUACUGAAGAACCAGCAGUUCAUUGGCUCCACCAUGGGCUCGCAUAAGGAUCUCAUUGACGCGACGAACUUCAUUGCCAAACAUCGUAUCGUCCCAAUCGUGUCUAACGUCAUCGACGGACUGGAGGCAGCGGAAGAUGGGUUUGAGCUGAUUCGGCGGGGAGAGCAGUUCGGUAAGGUUGUGAUAAAUAUUGGCGAUGAGUCACAAGAACGCGCGAAGCUGUGAGUGUACCGAUGUCUCUUCAAGUGCACAUCUAUUUCGGAGG